GAUAAUAAACUCCAGCUAAUAUUCAUGGAUGAACUAGGGGCUGGCUAGCGGUGGUCACCUUCAAGGACGUAAAGCGGCCCGACAUGCCCGAUUCCCUCCUCUGGGCGGUGGAUGUGUAUGGGAGGGUGUACAGCCUAUCCACCACUGGGGGGCACUGGGAACGCUCCAAGGAUGCUCUGCUGGAGCUGAAGCGGGUGACAGGUGCAUUGCAGUGCUAUUGGGGCAUUGGGUGCGACCACCAGGUUUACCUCAAUGUUAGCCCAGGUGAAGUGCCCAUACGGCACCAAGAAGAGACAUAUGAAAACCAGCGAUGGAACCCAUUGGAGGGUUACACAGACAUGCUGCUUCCUACAGACCGGUGGCAGUGGACAGAUGAGUCUGGCCUGAAUGAACAGCCAGUUCACAGCUUUCAUCUGCCUUCUGAGAACUGGGAAUGGGAAGGAGACUGGUUUGUGGAUGAUGAGAGCUGUGGAAGAGAAUCCUGUGCGACAGGGGGUUGGGAAUAUGCUGUGGAUUUUCCAGCCACCUACACAAAGGAGAAAAAAUGGAAUUCCUGUGUCCGUCGGAGGAGAUGGCUCCGCUACAGGAGAUAUAAAGCACAAGGUUCUUGGGCCAAGGUGCCUUUAGACAAAGCCAGACCUCCUCCAGAACCCUUCAUUGACAUCAGCUGCGGGGGCUGGACAAUGAGUGACAGCAGUGAGAAACACAUUUUUCUCUGGGCUGUGUCUCAGCAAGGAAAGGUGUGGUUCCGCUCAGGCAUCCAUUAUCAGAACCCAGAGGGCUCUCACUGGGAGCAAGUCCAGGUACCGAGGGAGGUGGCCCAAAUAGCUGCCGGACCGUCGGACCUGCUCUGGGCUGUUCUUUGGGAAGGACAGCUCCUGGUCAGGACAGGGAUCACCAAGGACUGUCCUAAAGGAUCAUCAUGGGUAGUAGUGGAUCCCCCAAACCAAGCAGGUGCCAUCCAUGUUGCUGUGGGAGUCAACGUGACAUGGGUAGUCACCAAAGACAACAAGGUGUGGUUCAGACGGGGCGUAAAUUCCCAUAAUCCCUGUGGCUCUGGUUGGAUCAGCAUCAGCAGUGAGAUGGUGAUGGUGAGCGUGGGACCAGAUGACCAGGUAUGGGGUGUCGGCAGUGAGGACCGGACAGUGUACUUCCGACACGGUGUGACUGCCACAGAGGUCACAGGGAAGUCAUGGAUCCCAGUGUCUGCCCAACUGGAUGGAAGUCGCCCCACAAACCAGCCUAAUGAAUGUUGCAUUUUCAGCGGUGAGAUGACCACUCCUUCUCAGGGUUCAGUUCUCAGCUGUGAUGAUCCAAAUGAGCCCAAGCCGUCUAUUCCAAAAAUUACAAGUGACAGCUUUAUCUCCGCCCUUGUGUCUGACGCGACCGGCCCGCCCCACACCCCUGUGCCUGAAGAGACCCUGGAGCAGACAGAGAACGACGAUGUUGCAUCUACCCAGGUUCCAACACUCCCUGCCAGUCAGUCCAGCGGGAGUGAACCCCCGUGGAGUAAUGUUGACUUGGAGGAAAUGAAGAGUGCUCCCUCUAGUGCUACCCGGAGCUCUGUGGCCACGUACCCUAUAGAGCUAGCGCAGACUGUGGAGCAAGAGGAGGAGAGGCCUCCCUGGGCCUGGGUGACAGGAGGCGGCUGCGUCCUCAAUGAAGCCUCAUGCGUUAGCUGGCUUAGCACGUCAGACGGAGGGCCUCUCUCUCCAUCCAUUACUCCUGCACUUGCGGUGUCUGGACAGGAGCAGAGAACCAGGAGAGACUCAGACACACAGCGAGUGCAGACAGCAGAAAAGUCUGUGAGGGUGAGAAAGGCCCGCAUGCGUUGGUGGAGGGACUGGCUACCUCAUCAGUGGGAGGAUGUGGGGGUGUGUCUAGAGCAGGUCAGCAGCACCAAUGGCAGGAGAGAUGACAUGCUUUACAUCUACUACACCCACAAUGAGGAGAGGAAGUUCCUCUGUGCUCUGAUAAAUGAGGUAACAGCCCUGGUGCCUAUGCUCAGAGACUCCCUUCAGUGUCUGGCUGUGUACACAGCGGAGAGGACCAGGCAGAGAUGGCCCAUUCUGCUCUCCACUUUCUCACAGAAGGACAUGAACGACUGGCUGUCCGUGUUGAAUGAAUCUUGCUGUGACUCACGGAGUCUUCGUGGGCCUCCGUCUAAACAGGCACUCUGGUCGGUCACCUCCAAGGGUGACAUCAUGGUCCACGACCCCCUUCCGAGCCUGGAGGCCCCUGGCCAGCACCAACCUUGUGACCAAAUGUUUUGGCGUCAGAUUCCUGGUCACCUGCUAUGUGUGGAGUGUAACAGUCUAGGUGUGGUAUGGGGCAUUGGCUAUAACCGCAAAGCUUGGGUCUACACUGGGGCCUGUAGUGCAGUCUCCUCUCAGGGAACAGUAACAGAUGUCAGAAAUGUGUACAUUUAUGAGAACCAGCGAUGGAAUCCAAUGACUGGAUACACAGAUAAAGGCCUUCCCACUGACCGCUACAUGUGGAGCGAUGCAUCUGGACUGAAAGAGUGCACUAAAGAUAACACAGCACCACCUUCACCUCAGUGGACCUGGGUGUCUGACUGGGCCGUUGAUUACAGUGUCCCCGGAGGCACAGACAAAGAGGGCUGGCAGUAUGCAGCAGAUUUCCCAGUAACCUAUCAUGGCUACAAGACCAUGAAGGACUUUGUGAGGCGCAGGCGUUGGGCCAGGAAGUGUAAAAUAACACUGACUGGCCCCUGGCAGGAAGUCCCACCCAUUUCUUUGAUUGACAUCACUAUCCUGCCAUGUCUGGCUCAGAGCAGUAUGGAGCAGGUGCCUGUGUGGGCUGUCAGUGAGAAGGGGGACGUCCUGUGUCGCCUGGGAGUGACCCCUCAAAACCCAUCUGGCACCUCCUGGCUGCAUGUCGGCACAGAUCAACCUUUCAAGUCCAUCAGUAUUGGCGGGGGGCACCAGGUUUGGGCCAUUGCCAGGGAUGGUGCUGUGUUCUACCGAGGCUCUGUGUCUGUCCAAAAUCCUGCGGGAGAAUGCUGGUAUCACAUACCCUCUCCACCACGACAGACCCUCAGGCAGGUGUCUGUAGGCAGGACAUCUGUUUACGCAGUGGAUGAAAACAAUAAUCUGUGGUACAGACAGGGGCUUACUCCCAGCUACCCUCAGGGUUCUGCUUGGGAGCUCAUCUCCAAUAAUGUAUCGAAGGUCAGCGUUGGGCCACUGGACCAGGUGUGGAUCAUAGCAGAGAAAGUUCCGGGUUGUGUUGCUGAGAGCUCAGGCACUGUGUGUCACAGGCUGGGUGUGAGGCCCAUGCAGCCAAAAGGCUUGUCCUGGGACUAUGGCAUAGGCGGUGGAUGGGAGCACUUGUCUGUUAGGGGAAAUUCUACUGAGGCCCAGCGCCUGGUCCCUCGCAGUCCGCUGCCCAUCAGGACCCAGAGACAGGUGAAUGGGAAUGCUGGAAGCUUUGUAGGGUCCCUGCCUUGACCAUAGCGUUCAUGUCAGACAGCAUGUUUGAGGCCUCAGCUUGGAGGUCUGAGGUUUGCCCGUGUCCUGUCUCUCCUAAUUACACCUUCCACAGUGUCUCACCUCUUGUCCACUACCACAUGUGACUUCCUUUUUAAUUCGUGUUUGUUUGUUUGUUUGUUUCUCUUUUUCUUUUAACUAAUUUGCCUGAAAGACUGACAAUUUGAUCUGAUCUUAUUAAUAGACAUGAGGUAGUGUUACUUGUGUUCUUUGUAUGUGAACUUAUGUUUGAAAAGAAUGAAGGCUGACUUUCUUUCUUCAUAUAAAUUGGGUCUGUAGUUUGUUUUUUCUUUCCUUUUACUUAAGCCUCUUGUUUGUCCUGGUGUGAGGUUUUGAGUGUCCAGAUAACAUAUUAACAAGCUUGUUUGUAUUAACAGGACUAUGCAUCUUCAGUGUUUCUCAUCACAGUACUGUCC